AUGUCGAUCAAGCUUGGACAUGAACUGCCACUGGACACGGAAUAUCUCACACUCAGUCACCGAUGGGGUGGGGUACCCCCCGUCAGAUUAUUGAAGGAUUUGCUUGUUGAUUUCAUGCAAUCAAUCCCUUUUCACUCACUUCCUCAAACUUUCCGAGAUGCUGUGGACUUAACUCGUGAAUUAGGAUUUCGCUACCUGUGGAUUGAUGCGAUAUGUAUCAUCCAGGAUUGUCAAGAGGAUUGGAGGCUUGAAAGCUCCUUGAUGGGUGAUGUUUACGCUUUUGGACGUAUAAACAUAGCCGCUACGGCGUCUAACGAUGGUCAUGGUGGGCUAUUUUAUCAAGAGACUCGGGUCUCAGAUACUCCUUGUCUCAUUCGCUUGCAAGAGCGAGACGAGAAUCAAAUCUUCAUUCUUGCUGGGAAGCACGAUAACUGGCGGCGCAUGAUUGAAACCCCGGAAGAUGCUCCUCUAGCGAAUCGUGGGUGGGUUCUGCAAGAGCGUGCACUUUCGCCACAAGUUGUGCACUUCGGUCGCGAUCAAGUAUAUUGGGAAUGCGGCACGAAAGCUGACUCUGAAUUCAGUCUCCUGGCCGGAACUAUACCCGGGAUACCAUUGAAAAUGCUGCAAAGUAAUGGGGGACAUUCAGAUUACGAAGAAAGCAAAAACCGCAACUGGAUAUACAAUAACUGGAUAACCACUGUUGAAAAAUACUCAGAGUGUCAGCUCACUGAAAGUGGUGAUAAACUCCCAGCUAUUUCAGGCAUCGCUCAACGAUACCGUGAACUGCUAGGGGAAACGCCAGAAUCUUAUCUUGCUGGGUUAUGGAAAGGUUCCCUACCACUGACGCUUCUUUGGGGCUUGGACAGCCACGAGAAAUUUAGCGCUUGUCACGCCGAACGGGCUCCGUCAUGGUCUUGGGCCUGCCAUGAUGGAUUGAUUAGACCGCUGUGUAUAGUGGAGGAACAAAAGUCUCAAACUCGAGUCCUUGAUUCAGAGACAUUUCACAAUGGCGACCCAUUCGGACAGGUCACCGGAGGGUAUCUCAUAUUACAGGGGCCGUUGUUUCUUCUCAAAAUAUCAGAGACAGAAGUAAGUUCUUCUUUCUCUGACUUUGUACCAGGGCCCAUUAGUGGCACCUCCACACCAUCGACCAUCCGUGACAAAGAUAUAUCGUGGGAUGGAUUGCUUCCUAGAGGGGAGAUAUCAAGAAGCAACUGCUGUUUUCUACUUAUAACGCUAGAAGAUUACUCGGCCACCGGUCAACGAACUAAGAUUUCAGGCCUGGUUCUUUGCGCCACAAAGUUGUCUCGCGGGCAAUAUCAACGUGUUGGUGUGGUACUGAACAAACCAAUGCUAAAGAAGAACAUUAAACACUUGCUGCAACUAGGGAAACGAACGGACAUGUUGGAUCCAGAAAUGUACCUUGAAGCCGACACUAAAUUUGGCUUUAAGAUUGAGAUAGUUUAG